UGGUUGCAACUCUGCAUGUGGCUGCUGCUGUGCUCAGAGGAAGGCAGGCUUUUGCUGGCAAUGUAUAUAUAUGCGUGUGUAUAGGAAAAAGAAAGCAGCCCAUGGGGUCCAUAGAACUCUUCCCCAGCACCACCUUUCCCAUGAGUUGAUUUCCUUCUAUCAGCAUUCUUCACUGCCUAGCCUUUUGGACUGCAUUCUGAUAAAUGAUUGAGCCAAGUUCCUGACGUAAAAGGCACUUCUAACCUCCCCAUGCUGUCCAUUGAUAUGGAAAACAAGGAAAAUGGAUCUCUGGGCACAGAAAACUUGGUAGAGAACGGAAGACCUCCAGAUCCUGCCGACUGGGCAGUUACAGAUGUGGUUAAUUAUUUCCGAACGGCAGGCUUUGAAGAACAAGCAAGUGCUUUUCAAGAACAGGAAAUCGAUGGAAAAUCUUUACUGUUGAUGACAAGGAACGAUGUGUUGACUGGACUUUCAUUAAAACUUGGACCUGCACUGAAGAUCUAUGAAUAUCACGUCAAGCCUCUACAGUCACAGCAUCUCAAGAGCAGUUCUCUAUAAUGGAUUAUCCUGCUGGGCCCAUGUUGUGUCUCUAUUGUUCAAAAUAAAUAAGCAACAUUGGUUUCCUAUUCAUGGACCUUUGUCAAAAGACAUUAUAUGUGUAUAAAGAAUUUAAGCCAAAUAGCACUGAUAAAAGUAUAUUUGUGUAUAUCCUAUUGGAUAGCUUUAGCAAUAUGCUGUAUGGUGGCAAUCGAGCUGAUGGAGAAGUGGAAUUUCAUAUUGUUCAGGUACAUGACCAGCUAAAUAUUAUUUUCUAGAGAUGACUAUAUUAAAAAAGAAAGGUAAGUAUAAAAGGAGAGUAAUACUACUUAAUAUGAAAGCUAAGCAGAAGCACUGUUUUUGUUUGCUUAUAUUUUAAAAUACUGUUUUAACUUAAAUAUGCUAGCCACUUUCCAAUUCUAUUUCAUGUUAAUUUGAAAAGAGGUUUUGUGUUUGGAUCAUCAAAAAGAGCUACUAAUGUGACUCACCUUUAGUAAUAUGAGCAAGAUAAUUUGAGUUGGCAAAACAAAAACAAAAAAAAUAGCCCACCAGUCCCUUUUGCAGAACAGGCCUAUUUUUGAUUUUAUUAAGAUUUGUUCACAGCAUGUUGAAAUGUUUUAAACAGGUUCGGGUUGAGUAAGUUAGCAUCUUUUGACAGCAGAAGAUGCUACAUUCAGAGGUUAUGGGAACCUCACAGUUCUUUCUAGAUGUUCUUUGGAUUUUAAAGGGUCUUUUGUGGGAGAUUGGUUUUUGACUGUUUGCAUUGCUUUGUGAGAAAGUUUGUUUUGUUCUUAUUCUAAUUUAUAACUUAUUUGCUAACAGUUUUGCUGAAAAGUGAAAAAAGAUUGUAAAUCUCAACAUAUUUUUUAAAAUGUGUUUUGUGGCGCUGUAACAAAUUAUUUUGCUAUGUGACUUGAUUCAUGAGCCGAACACAUGUUUCUGAAAAGCUAAAGAAUGCUCUUUUAUGACUGUGAAUCUCUGUGGAAGGAAGAGUCUAGUUCAAUCUGUUUUGACCAGUUCCUCUUCUUUUAAUUGAAGAUUUGUUCUGUCAACAAAGAUGUUGAUGUGUUUCCAUUCAA